AUUUUUUUAUUGUUUGAUUGUUUGUUAUGAGUUUUGAAUGAUACGGGACACUUUGAAGUCCAGUGGUAGUCAACUUAAUGUACAGCAUAUUGGAAAGAUACUUACAGUCCAAAAGGGGCGUUACUUCAGUCGGGGGGCUCGCACUCAACUGGUGAGAGGCGUCUCAUUGCUAUGAAAGCAGAAGCUUCACUGCGUCCCAACCCAAAAGAACUGUCCGCUCUGCUGCAGCAGUGAGUCGUACACUCUAUCACGCACUAUAGAGCAACGAACCCACCUGACCCAGCCUGCCGCCUGCAAAUCUCAGAGACCCCGGCUCAGGGUGUGCAUUGGAAACAGAAGAUCAUCAGACAGCUCAGGGGAAAGAAGAUACACAUAUUAUUAUUAAUAAUAAUAAUAGCAACACAUAAACUUUCCAACAUUAAAGGAUAUUAUUAAUAAUAAUACUAAUAAUAAGAAUAACAUUAUUAUUAUUAUUAUUAUACAUGAAUACUGUUUGAAGAGGUGACCAGCAAAAAUGGGAUUCGUGGUCUAUCUGUUUGUUUUGCUUCUCGGAGCGGUGGGAGUGCUGACUGCCCAGGAGCCCUGUGAUUCCCAGCAGUACACUACUAGCGGGCAGUGCUGUGAGGUGUGCCAGCCUGGAGAGGGCAUGGUGAAGAAGUGCGGGGUGAAGCAGACCGUGUGCGCCCCCUGCAUAGACAGUGAGACCUUCUCAGAGAACUACAGCGCCACAGAGACCUGCAGGCCUUGCACUCAGUGUAAAGGCCUCCUGCGCAUGAAAGCACCAUGCACUGAAAGCGCAGACGCAAUCUGUGUGUGCGACUACAACUACUACAUGGACAAAGUGACUGGGGACUGCCAGGCCUGUACACUGUGCCCACUCGGACAUGGGGUGUGGACAGAGUGCACCGAGGAGAUGGACACUGUGUGUGAGCCCUGCCCAGAGGGGACCUAUUCCGACCAGGAGAGCAGCAUGGACCCUUGCCUGCCCUGUACCAUCUGUGAGGACGAUGAGUACGAGGCGGAGAGUUGUACACUGACCUCCGAUUCCCUCUGCAAAGAACUGAACCCCAGGUUUUACACCCCUAUCCCCACGAUGGACAUGACAGACAGCACCUUGGGAGGAGGGAUCCCAAAAAUGACUCCCCCCACGGACACCGUGACCACCACAAAUCCCAGCUCCACUCGCAUGGGCGGCGUUGGCAUGGACCAGAACCUCAUCCCCAUCUAUUGCUCCAUCCUAGCAGCCGUGGUGCUGGGACUUGUGGCCUUCAUCGUGUUUAAAAAGUGGAACAGCUGCAAGCAGAACAAACAGGGAGCCAAUAACAGGACCGUGAACCAGACCCCGUCUCCGGAGGGAGAGAAACUGCACAGCGACAGUGGAAUCUCCGUGGACAGCCAGAGUCUCCAGGAACAGCAACAGCUGCAGCAGCAGCAGACUCUGUCACAGUCACCAGUGGUAAAGGUAGAUGGCAACCUCUUUACCAUCCUGCCCCCUCACAAACAAGAAGAAGUGGAGACCCUGCUUGCAGAGAAAAGCGCUGAAGAGGACUGGUGCAGUCUGGCCGAGCUACUGGGCUACCAGGAAGGGCACAUAGACACCUUUCGUCAAGAUGAGCACCCGGUGAAGGCCCUGCUGUCUGACUGGGGCUCCAAGGACUGUGCCACUCUGGAUGCCCUGUGCACCGCCCUGCGCAAGAUAAAGAGAGAUGACAUCGCCGAGAGCCUGAGUUCCGAGCCCACAGCGACCUCUGCAGUCUGAGGCUGGGGCUGUGCUCCACAGGACACACUGAAGAAGGAAGACAAGAAAGGGAGGGGGUUCUGUCUGAAGAAUUUCAGUUCAGACUCCCCCCCCCCCAUAGUGGGGGAUCUAAAAAAAAAACAAAGGACUGAUACUUUUAUAAGAAGAACUUGUGAAGGAUUUACAGAGUGAAUGUAGCCGGCCAACCCCCCACUAAAACUUUAAGACUUUACUCAUGUGCACUGAGGCAUCUAUUUUCAGUAUUGUCCCACCUCCCCUCCCACAUUUCUAGCCCCUCCUCCCUCGUUAUCAUUACAUUACGUAUGGACUGAAUGAGCAAUGCAAACAUAGUCAAAAAAAGAGGUACAUACCAAACACGUUCACUGUGACUGCAUCCAACAUCAAUUUGUGACAACGUGCAAUGGCAGAAUGCACAGCCUUGAUUGACUGUGUGUCGACAGUGGGGACAUUAUAAUCCCCCUGUUAUGUGCAAGAUUCCCGCAAAAUCUGUGUAAACUACAUAGCUGUUCUCUCUUCCUCAAUCUGGCUCCACACUAGUUUGGUUUAGGACUAGGUGGGACUGGGUUUGAUUCUCAGCUUUGCUACUGGUUGAUUCACUGUGACCUUGGACUUGGCUACCUUAUUGCAUCUAAUGACAAAUUAAGAACAUGGCUAGAUCAAGUAUAUAUUGUAUAUCCUGUAAAAUAAAAUCAUGCCAUUGUACGUAAAGCAAUCAUUUAGGAGUGGCCCUCAAGAGAAAAUAUUGCUGAGUGAAUGGGGGUUGAUGAGUGAGAUUUAAAAGUUGCUCAUCAAUGGGAUGUGUCCCCUAUUAGAAAUAUUCUUCACAAUGCUCUAUGAACUGGUGUGAUCAGUUUUGUCCUAGUAUGGCAAAUUUGUGCCAAACAGUCUGCGACUGCUUCUUUAGAUGGCUUUGUAAUUAAAUCAUAAGCAGUUUAUCAGCAUGAGUAAGAGUGUGUUCCAGUAUUCAGUUUCCCUACACAAGCAGAGUAGCCUUUACAAACUUGGCAAUUCCUGGCAGUAUGGAUCCCAUUCAUGAAUUCAUUUUUUAAAUGAUGGAUGAAUCUCAAUGAACAUAAUAUAUCAAAACCCCCAUUGAAAUGCUGUUCAUCCUUGUUUGCCAGACUUUCACCGAAUCUGGUAAAGCCUAAUUUCUCGCCCAACACUAGAAGUUGAUUUCCUCUGUGUUACAGGUAAUAGGACCCGACCCCUUGACCUCAUGGUUUUCCAAGUCCUAUUAAAUGUAGCACAAGCACUGAACUGGCUGUGCAGUUGCUGGAUACAAUGGGAGUGAAACACAUUGAAAAUAAAGUGUAACAAAAAAGAUACACAGUAAAAUAAUGUUUUCUUGCUUGAGGUAAGAAAGGUAUUGUUUAAUACAUCUUUUUGUUUUCAUAAGGCAGUGGGUACUGAAGCUGAUGCAUGUUAGUUAGACUCACCCAUGACAUUCUGCAAGAAUAUCAAAGACGCAAGUUGCCAAAUUGGCACAUGCUUGCGUGAAAUAAGUCGAUAACUUAGACAAUCCUUUUAUUAAAGGGACGCUGCUGUACAUAGAUUUCUACAUAGAUACAUCUCACUGGAGAAUGCAGUCAGAGUCAAUCCCCUCCCCACCAGUCCGACUUUUUUGAGAACUUUCAUGUUGCGUGCAUUUGUACGCAAAUAAAAAGUCAAUAAUUAAUUACCAAAUGAAGGCACAGAAAAAAAAAAAAAAAAUAUAUAUAUAUAUAUAUAUAUAUACCCUAGUGUGUAUUUUACUUUCUGGGCAAGGUGACUGUAAGUGAACACACUAGUUUCAGACCUUUUCACGAUACUUCAAUGGCAGUAGUUACAAAUCUAGCAAAGCUCCUUUUUAAAACAUAGUGCAGGUCUUGAUGCCUUGGCUGAACCAAACCAAUUUUGUUUCAGACCUACAAACCUAGUAUGUAUAUGUAACAGUUAACAAAGCAGUCAAUGCCAGUAUUGCAAUGGAUGAAAACUGUUUGUUUUCUCUCCUGGUGGAAAAAAAAAAGAAAAGGAAAUGAAGACGACUUCCCAUCACUGUAAGAAACUUUAAUUUUGUAUUUUUUGUAUUUUAAUUUUUUUAUGCUUCAAUAUUAUUUUAUAGCACUUAAUUACUAGAAAUUAAUAUGGUAUUAAACUAAAUUCCAAGCGCCUGUUUCUUCAUCAGGACUUGUAUUUCUCUUUAUUUUAUUUUGUUUUAUGUUGGUUGUUGACAAAAAUCUGACACUGAUAACACUGUGUAACAAAUUAUUAUUAUUUUUGUUGUUCCUGGGUAGUAAGUGUUAUUUCCUAAUUGCU